AUAUUGAAAUUUAAUUGUCAAUUACAAAUCAAUCAGGCGUUCAACUUUCACUUAUCGAUUGGAUUGAUUACCAUUUUCGUUGGUAUUUUGGGACAAAAUCAUUUCAUUGUCCAAGUAACCAAGCGUUCUGUGCGUUUAUUGCAGGGCAGAAGGCUGAUACAGAAUGUGCCUAUCGACGAAGGAGGGCCCGUAGUGCAGGUUUCCAUUAUCGAUCCCUAUGUGUGUCUAAGAGUUUUGCAUGGAAAAGUAAUAACUUUAGCUUUGCGUGAAACCAGAGGUACCCCUCGCCUGGCUAUUAAUAAAAAUACAAUAAGCAGUUCUCCGGCGGUUGUUUCACUGACUGCGUAUAAGGAUCUUUCCGGCUUGUUUACAACAAAAUCCGAUGAAGUUUUGAAUAUUGCGGGCGGUAGUGGUAAUUCUCUGUAUAACGGAUUGGGCUACAUGAAAGCUGAACCUCACCUGAAAAUAGAAGACGAGGAAGAUUUACUUUACGGUGAAUCAGGAAACGCAUUCAAAAUGAACAGCAUGGCCGAUUUAGCGAAGCAAAGUAGACAAAAAAAUUCUGAUUGGUGGCGUCGUUCAUUAGUGCAAAUAAAGCCCACUUAUUGGUUGGUGGUAGCUAGAGAAAACGGGACAUUGGAAAUUUAUUCAAUGCCAGAUAUGAAACUCAUGUAUCUAGUAAACGACGUAGGUAAUGGCGGCAUUGUUCUUUCCGAUUCGAUGGAAUUUGUACCUGCCACACUCAAUCAACAAGACAAUAAACAAGGUAUACUUCUAAAUUGUAUGCCACAGCAUGCAAAUUCACCUGUUGCUCGAGAAAUAGCUUUAGUUGGCCUAGGCAACAACGGCAGCCGUCCACUAUUGAUGAUACGAACUCAUAUAGAGCUGUUGAUAUAUUACGUCUAUCGCUAUGCAAAGGGCCAUUUGAAAAUACGUUUUCGCAAAUUACAUAGUGUGAACUUGAUUGAUGUGCAACCCACCGCAAUGGAUAUAGAUGACGAAGACUCGGAUCUAGAUUCAUACAAUUUGCAAGAUCGUUAUAUAAGCAAGCUACGCUAUUUUCCCAAUAUCACAGGGUUAAACGGUGUCGUUUUAUGUGGUCCGAAUCCAAGCCUUAUAUUUCUGACUGGUAAAGGCGAGCUACGUGUCCAUAAAUUAUUUAGUAAUGGACUGGUAAGGAGUUUUGCCCCUUUCAACAAUGUUAAUUGCCCGCAAGGCUUUCUAUGUUUCGAUACAACAUUCGAUUUGAAAAUUUGUGUUCUACCGCCUUAUUUAACAUACGAUUCACCAUGGCCGGUGCGUAAAGUAACACUUCGUUGUACGCCACGGCAGAUUGUCUACCAUCGAGAGAAUCGAGUUUACUGCCUGGUCACGCAAGCAGAAGAAGUAACUAACAAAUAUUAUCGCUUUAACGGUGAAGAUAAAGAAUUGACCGAGGAAAAUAAGGGCGAACGAUUUAUAUAUCCCAAUGCUUCACUCUUCAGUAUGGUUUUGAUAAGUCCAGAAACUUGGGAAAUUGUACCUGAUGCUUCGAUUGAAUUUGAGAGUUGGGAACAUGUAACCGAUUUCAAGAUUGUUAAAUUGGCCUACGAAGGCACGCGAUCUGGUCUCAAGGAAUAUUUAUGCUUAGGCACAAAUUUUAACUACAGUGAGGACAUAACUUCUCGCGGCAACAUACACAUAUAUGAUAUAAUUGAAGUUGUACCAGAGCCAGGAAAACCGUUAACUAAAUUCAAAUUAAAAGAAGUGUUUAAGAAAGAGCAAAAAGGUCCUGUAUCAGCUAUAUCCGAUGUUUUAGGCUUUCUAGUUACUGCUCUAGGGCAAAAAAUCUACCUAUGGCAAUUGAAGGACGAUGACCUUUGCGGCGUAGCGUUUAUUGAUACCAACAUAUAUGUGCAUCAAAUUAUCUCUGUUAAAUCUUUAAUAUUGAUUGCUGAUGUGUACAAAUCGGUUAGUUUGCUGCGCUUCCAAGAAGAGUUUCGAACUUUAUCGCUGGCUUCACGUGACUUCAAUCCUCUUGAAGUGUUCACUAUAGAAUUUAUGGUCGACAAUACAAAUUUGGGUUUUUUAGUUACCGACGCUGAUAAAAAUUUUAUAGUGUAUAUGUACCAGCCAGAAAUUCGGGAAUCAAUAGGUGGUCAAAAACUGAUACGCAAAGGAGACUAUCAUUUGGGUCAAACCGUUAACACUAUGUUUCGCGUUCAAUGUCAUCAACGUGGACUAUACCAUCGUCAACCUUUCAUGUACGAGAACAAGCAUUUGGUAAUGUUCGGAACAUUAGACGGCGGCAUGGGAUAUUGUGUACCUCUGCCGGAAAAGGUGUACAGACGUUUUUUAAUGCUACAAAAUGUCCUAAUCACCUAUCAGGAACAUUUGUGUGGUCUCAACCCGAAAGAAUUUCGCACCAUUAAAUAUGUUAAGCGGUUAUCAUUGAAUCCGUCACGCUGUAUUAUAGACGGCGAUUUGAUUUGGUCAUUUACAAUGAUGACUGUGGCAGAACGAAAUGAAGUCGCAAAAAAAAUUGGUACCAAAACUGAAGAUAUUCUGAACGACCUUUUGGAAAUUGAGAAUCUGACGGCGAUAUUCUGAAUAAAUAGGAAUUGAAUUAAAAACUGAUUUUUA